UGAAGUCAGUAACAAAACGACACGGUCGAAGAUAUAACUUGUAUUUUGAUAAUUUAAAACAAUUAACGAGAAUUGAAAAUAAAAAUACAAUCGACGGGUCCAAAGUUUAGUUUAUUAACUUUAGUGUUGCAUUACAAAGUGAAAUUCGCCUAGACGAGUGUACGUGAAGUUUUAAGUGUUUACGGAGACGAAAUUAGACAGUGCUAGUUAAUUAUUACAGUGCUUUUUACCAUUAUUUCGUUUGUAACAAACCGCUUUCGGAGGUAGCGGUCCGUAACCUCUAUACGUACUGUGGCAGUCACUUGAAAGAAAUUUAUAACGCAAACUGCCACAGUACUAGAAGUGAUUAGAAAAGUCAAGUGAAAAAUAAAAGUGAAUAAACAAAUUGAAAUAAAAAAAAAAAACUUUUUUGGCUCUAUCCCAACUGACUCAGUAGUGUGCAUCAAAAUGUAUACGUUUACGCUGAAAUGGUACUUUUCGGGGCGAAAGUGACAAAGAACCAAGAUGUCUCCCGAUAAACGCAAAAGGAGGAUCGGAGAGGAAAUUCAUUUUAGUAACAAAAUAAGGACUCGUAUAUAAAAGCCCCAAAUAUCAUAUACAUAUUAUAAAUAAAUAUAUCUGAUCUCAAAAUAUCUUAGUGCUCAAUAUUAGUUUAUUCUAAUACAAUUUUGAUACAUCGAAAAUGAUCGCCCUGAAGAAACUAUAUGGCGACGAGCUACUUCGCCUGGCUCUGGUUUUGAGUUUGCUCAGGAUCGACCCAGACGACUACCUCGAACGGGAGACCCAGUUGCUGGCCGGUCUGCACAUCGCGAACGGUUCCGACCUGUCCCCGGAACAGGAGGCCCGGACGCUGAUACGGCCGAGGUUCGUCCACCCCAAGUCCCUGGACAACAUCCUCGUGAACUACGAGAGGCAGCUGUUUGAAGAGCUCAACUCCUUGGGCCGGUACGGUCCAAGCGCACAUAAUGCCCGGAUGUGGCAGAACCGUGGCCCGAUUCUUCAUACAUAUUUAUUGAACGAUGUCGCAACUGGCGCAGUCGAACCCGUGUCAGCGGCCCAGUCGGUCGCAACCGACCAGGACGCCGUCUCGGCGGACGACAACGUCGCCCAGGAGGUCAAAGUGACCGACGAGGACGCCCAAGACCAAAGUCGCGAGUCCACGGUGACGGUGUCGGACAACUUCCUCCACAAUCGCACCGAAUCGGAUAUAUUUCCGGAGAUCGCUUCCAGAACCUUCGACGUGACCGAGUUCCUGGUGCAGCAGGACAAUAUGCAAAUUAAAAAGGAACAGGACGAGGCUUUCGACCUCAAGGUCAACGAAUCGAACACCGAUGACUUUUACAGUGACAACGCUAUCGACUUUGCGACUUAUUUUGCUGCAAGAUCCGAGAAGAUCGAGGUGGAGGAGCCUAAUUUAUAUCACCAGAAUAUGGCCGACCUUCAAGAUUAUGGGGACGUCUUCACCGACGAUCCGGACCUCAAACACGACCUGGAACUAGACAUAAAACAACAGCAGGAGAACUUGGAACAGUAUCUCCUUGAGAACACUCCUUUGGAAGCGGAGGUCUAUGAAUUGGCUCCAAUGUUUGAAGAGGAACUGGUGUUGGACGUUAAGAGGGAAAGAGCUAGCACUAGUUUCACGUCGGCCAGUUCGAGUGGCGUGAGCGAGAUGGACAUAUCCGACGUCAAAACCGAGCCGUUGGACUAUAAUGACGUCAAGGUCGAGCCUGAUGAGGGGAACCAUACUGGAGAUGAACUGACGCAAGAGGACAUGGAUCUCAUCGAGGUGCUCUGGAAGCAGGACGUGGACAUGGGAUUCUCGCUCGAAGAUCCAAUACAGCCGGAAGGUCCGCAAGCCACGAAGGUAUUGGGGGAGGAAAUCGACAAGGAACUGCUGAAGGCCAAAGAUAGGAUCCAGAAGAACUAUGAAGAUGAAGAGCUGAAGAAGGUUGAGAUAGAGAAGGUCAAGGCUUCGUUGUUGGAUCCCGAAGUCAAAGAGGAUGAUCCCUGGGCUGGCCUAUCCUACACCGUCGACACGGAAACCGGCGAAUACGUGAUCCAAGGAGAACUGCCCAGGGAGCUGGUGAGCGGCGAGGAGUCGCGCUUCGAUUUGCUGGAGGAGGCGCUUCAGCUGGUGGAACUCGGAGACGGCGCUGAAGCCAAAGAUGAACCCACUGAGGCGGUAGAAGGGAGUAGCACCGAUCGCAGGAGCACCAUGUUGCACCCUGCCAUGCGGCAUGUCCCGCACCACCCCCUCGCCCAUUACCACAACCAGUCGUUGAUGCGGUCGAUGUCGGUGGAGCAACGCUGGCAGGACCUCGCCUCUCUGCUGACCAUCCCGCCGCCACCGGAGCAGUACCAACACUACCACCAUCACCACCAGCACCCGCACAACAUCAGCGCCCAUGGAGCGGCCGGCUAUGCUCCGAACUACCACGGACCUCACGGACCCCACGGACCUCACGGACCUCACGCUGCUCACGUGCCGCACGCGCCGCACGCACCCCUCCCGGCUCCGGUGGCCGAUAAACAUCCGGAUGCGUACGUAGGGGCAACUGCUCCCAUAGAAGGGGGGUACAAAGUUGAGAGUACUCAUCCCUCGCAACAGCAGGAUGGAGUUUAUUAUCAGAACACGCCCGCCGAGAUGCCGGGGCCAGUCAACCAGGACGGCUUCCUCCAGUCGAUCCUCAACGACGAGGACCUGCAGCUGAUGGAUAUGGCGAUGAACGAAGGAAUGUACACAAUGCGAAUGCUGGACGGGGCGAGCUCCCACCACGGCCCCCACCACAACCACUCCCACAUGAUGGUGCCAGAGCGUGAUUCCGCAUCAGACAGUGCCGUCUCCUCGAUGGGCUCCGAACGCGUGCCUUCGCUUUCGGACGGCGAAUGGUGCGACGGUAGCGAUUCCGCCCAAGAGUUCCACAGUUCCAAAUUCCGCCCAUUCGAAAGCUCUUACGGCAGAGAGCGCUCCGCCUCCCACCAGCCCCAGAAGAAGCACCACAUGUUUGGGAAGAGAUGCUUUCAGGAGCAGCCGCCGCCUCCCAUGGAGCCGGUGCAGACGCAGCGACCUACUCCCGUCAAGUACGAGUGUCCGGAGCAGGCUUACCACCACGAGGGCCUGCACAUGCACAACGAUUUCGGAGGGCGGCACCAGGUCGCUCCGCCCCACGUGGCGGGUCUGCAGCCGGCGUUAGAGCUGAACGCGCCCCACUCCAGCCACGCCCUGCUCCAGGGCGCCGUGGGGCCGGGGUUCGGAGUCCCGGAGCGCGUGCGGCACAACCACACGUACAGCGCGCCCCUCGCCGCGCCCCCGCACGCCCCCACCGUGCGCGACAAAAGGGUUCGCCGACUCACCGACGGUAGCGCUUCGGACGGGGGCUCAUCAUGCACCAGCGCGCAGCAUCUGUCCCGAGACGAGAAACGGGCCAAGGCAUUAGGUAUCCCCCUCGAAGUCCAGGACAUCAUUAAUCUGCCCAUGGACGAGUUCAACGAGAGACUGUCGAAGCACGACCUCAGCGAGGCGCAGUUGUCGCUGAUCCGGGACAUCAGGAGGCGGGGCAAGAACAAAGUGGCAGCACAGAACUGCCGGAAACGGAAACUGGACCAGAUAACCUCGCUCGCGGACGAGGUCAGGACCGUCCGGGACAGGAAGCUGAGGACCCAGAGGGACCACCACAGUCUGCUGGCCGAGAGGCAGAGGCUCAAGGAGAGGUUUGCGGCCCUAUACCGACACGUUUUCCAGAACCUCCGCGACCCCGAAGGGAGGCCGCUGUCCUCGGGCCAGUACUCGCUGCAGCAGGCGGCUGACGGCAACGUGGUCCUCGUGCCGAAGAUGCCUCAACACCAAGAUCACCCGAUGAACAGGACUUCGGAUGAUGAGAUGGAGAGGAAAGCCAAGCACUACGACCAGUGACACAUGGCCGCGCUCCGCCGCGCCGCUGCCUCCCAGCGAGGGGUCUACUCUUAAGUGCGGCCAGAAUUAUCUGACUGACAGAACUAUCUAAAAGACACCUGCCAAAAUUGACAGCUGUCAACCGUAGUAUUAAGGCGCGGACGGGCAAAGGGUAAUUUAGUACAUACGUCAUUUUGUAUAUAUAGAUCGGUUUCGCGGGACGUAUCGCCGUCCCUCUCGCACCUACACCACCCUCCACCACUAUUAUUGGAAGCGUAGGUUUUUGAUGCGACCUAAUAUCGACCUUAAGCAUUAAGGCACAAGUAACAAAUUGGUUUAACGUUGUACAAUUAAUUUUAUGAUUCGCUUCCUAUUCAUUUCUAAUAUAACAUAUUAUUAUGUGCUUAAAAAAAAGUCUGAUUAUUUUUAUUGUUGAUACCCACGUCAUUAUGAAAUAGAAAAGUAUUUGAAAAACAGAUGAGAAAAUUUCAUCAUGCUUUAUCUUCAUCAGCUUAUUACAUUACACAAUGUAAAUUAUAUGCUCUCAAUGAUAUUACUGCCAAAUUAGAUUUUGGGAUGCAACCUUUGUUUGUUGAAAUUAUUAUGCGAGGGAAAGGGAUGGCGAUAUAAGUCUUAUUCAUUCGGUAAAUUCCGACGAUUUUAGUAUACAUAUUAAAUUGAGCUUUGUGUGCGAGCAACACGGGUUGUAUUUGUAGCAGAAGCGAUGCACGGCGCAAUGCAAUACAAACUCGACUGACGGGGUGAACGACCUCAUAGGAUUCGCUUUUCAUUGCGCGUUAACUAACCGCUAUAGUCUCCCUGAACUGUAUAUGUCAGGGGCGCACGAACUAUUUAAAGGCGAAAGGCCUAUUUAAUUUAAGGGACAGUUUUGCAACAUCACAGAAGAGUCAUUUAAAGAUUAAAAAUUUGGAAAAAAUAUCAUAACAAAAAAAACCUACUUCAGCUAUUCGAAGGGGGUAAACUUAAUUGAAGCUCAAUUAAAAACAUCGAACUGUUGAUGCUGUAAUAACCGAAUAAAACGGGCCUCUAAUUACAAAGAUAAAUGUCGCUUGAUAAGCGAAAUGUCGCUUUAACUAAGCAGCCUUUCAUCCCUCGAUUAUGUUUACGCAUAAUUUUAAGACAAACUUAAUCCGAAUUAAGUUUGUUUUUAAGUUUGUUACUCGGGACCCGAGACGACUCGCGUGUCGACGUUGACAGCUGUCAAAACUGACAGACGUCACGGCAGAAGGACAUCGUUCAUACGUGAUGACGUCAUCGCUAAAGUAAAUUUGUUUGUUUUUUUUUUUUUUUUCAAAAAAAGGAAAUGUGAUAAAACGUGUAUUCCAUUUUUUCUUUAGUUAUUUUAUAUCUCAUUAGGAAUUUUUCGUUAUUUUUUUUUUGUUUGGAGGUAUUUUGAUGUAUUUUUCUUUUUGGUUUUUUUUUACUUAUGCAUCAAAGUGUUGAACUUUAAGACAUUCGGGCAUAGUACGUUGAUUGCAUUGUAUUUAAAAGUAGAUGCAUUAUUAAAAUUUAUUAAGAAACUAGAAAGGAAACUUGUAACGACUGAAUAUUCUAAAUUAAAAAAAAAACCAUAGACUAAUAUUAACAAAACAAAAAAAAAACAAUAAUAGAUGUCUCCGACAUCGAUCGAAUUGCAAUAAGUAAACUUAAAUUUAAUAAAAAUAUAUAAUAAUAAUAGUAAUAAAAAAAACUAGCUUAAUUAUUGUUAUAAUAAUAUUAUUAAUUUUGUAAAAUAUAAAUAUAUAAGUAUAUAUUGUAUUUAUUUGUAAUAGUAAUUAGUAUUGUAAAUUGAAGGGUUUUAGGUGGUUUUGCUUUUUUUUAAAACACAGUCCGUCGGUUUUGACGGGUCGGUGUUGCCACGUUCGCAGACGCAAGUACAAAAUGUAGAAAUGCAAUGUUGCCAGCGUGAAAGGAAAUUUCACAGCUAAUUUAGAGUUAUUUUCGGCCAACCCGGCACCGCGUUACCAUGUCAAUGUCGAUGACAAUGUCCAUGGGAACUUCUCGACGCGCUGUGCAACAGUAAUGUUCGUCGAAGAACACAAUGUAAAUAGCACUAUUUAUUAUUUUAAUGAAAUCUGAAUAAGGUGAUUUUGUAAAAAAUAUAUUAACUAUAAUAAUAAUAAUAUUAAGAAAAAAAGAAACAAAAUCUUUUAAAAAAAAAACAAUAAUAUAAAAAUACAACCCCGAAUUAAAAAUAAUUAUAUAUUUUUUUUGUCGUAUAAUAAUUAUGUUGAACAAAUAUAAGGACAGUGAAUUUUUUUUUUUGUUUUUUUUUAAAUGCAAUUGAAGGUCUCGUGUCGACUGCAUACAAAUUUGAGUUUACUUUUACGCUAUCGAGAACGUUAAAAAACUCGCACUGAACACACUGCUAAUCUAAUGAGACGUAUAUUAAGCCGAUGCAAGUUAUCCUGGACCACACCUUUACCCUGAAGGACCGCUUCUAAUAUAUAUUUAAGUUAUUAUGAAUAACUAAUUCAAAAUGGCUAAAAAACUAUCAAAGUUGGCGUAACUGAUAGACGGAAUAAAUGAAAGAAAAAAGUGUUUUUUUCUUUUUUCUUUAAGUGAUUUUCGUAAUGAAAACAGUUUUUUUUUUGUUUUUUUUUCUUGUUUUUCGUAAAUAUUAAAUUUAAUUUAUCGAGAUAUUUUUGUAAUUAGCACGAGCUCGCUUUUACCGCGUACGUCGAUGCUACUAACAAUGAUUUCUCAAGUCGGUCAAUUACUCUUUGGAACUUGUUAAAAGGCUAAAUUUCCACUUCAAUCAGCUCACAUCAAUCCACAGUAGUUAAAAUCGGAUAGUUUCACACACACUUCGAAAGGGCAUCGAUCUGUCACUUUGACAGAUGUCAAGAUGACAGCCUCUUGACAAGCGCCUUAGAGUAGAGAAUGAAGCAGUUUUGUAAAUAGCUAAAAUUAAGGUAUAUAUUUAAAAUAAAAAUAGAUAUAUGUAUACAUAUAUUUUUUUUUUGUAUAAUAUAAAUAAUUAUGUAAGGAUUUCCUUUUAAAUUUUUAACAUUUAGAAGUAAAAUAGAAAUUAAGGUAAUUUAAUAAAAGAUGGCGAAAUUGAA